CAACUACUAACUAGAACAACUCCCAGUCGCACGCUCACCCUCAAGGGUAUCGGUUCUUUUCGACCAGUGUCUAGUGUGGUUACCACAUAAGCCUUUAGUGAAGAGCGAGUGGUUUUUCUCGACCCGCGAGUGCGCCAAUGAGUUAACUGCUUUCGUCCGUGAUUUUAUCCCCCGUUGAAGGAAAGCAAAGGACGAGGGCUAUCGUUUGUGGCGGAGUGCGAGAUGGCAUCCAAGAUAACGACGCAGCCGAAGAGGCCGGUGAGGCAGUUGUCCAUCCACGAGAAGCUGGAGGCGAUCCACCGGGUGCACGAGGGGGAGUCGAAGGCGUCCGUCGCCAGGAUAAUCGGUGUCCCGGAAUCGACGUUACGGGGCUGGUGCAAGAACGAAGACAAACUUCACGCGAUGGCGAGCAAGACUUCGCCGUCUCCCGAGCCACUUGCCCUGUCGGACGGCGGCCCCUCGGAGGCGAAGAAGCCCCGUCUCGACGUCGUCGCGGAGGCUAACAAGAAAUCCGAACUGGACGAAUCCCUACUCUUCUGGCUGAGGAACCAACAGGCCCAGCAGCUCCAGAACAUGGACAUCAUGAAGUACACGCCGGACGGGACGAGCAGCUGGUUCUGGAGGUGGUACAAACACUACGGCUUCCAGAGUCCGGGCUUGGAACCGUUGCCCCUGGUCAAGACCAAGUCCACGCUCGACACGGUCCUCCUCAACCUCAACAACAACAACAACCACCAAGACGAAGCGAAAGAGAACAAAGGGAGCGAGAGCGGGGGGCAGCCGAGCGACGGCGAAGACGAUCCCCCGGAAACGGCAGCGGAAGCGGUUAAACACGGGGAAAGGUUCCUCAGAUGGCUCGAAUGUUGUUCCGACCCGUCCGUCACCGCCGUCCAGCUCCUCCAAUUCAGGUACUUACUCAACAACGUUAAAUCCUGCGCGGAGCGGCGUGCUAAUAAACUUCUUAAAGCCCCUCCCAGGGCAAAGAGGAAGUAAACAAAACACCUACUCAACUUCCACCUCCUAAACGAAAUUACCGAUGCAUACACUGUGUCACGUCAACAGAAUCGAAGACGUCAUACUUGUUGAAAACGUGCGUUUUAAAAACAAAACAAAAAUUUUUUUCCCCCAUUUAUUAUUUUUGUUCCGACUAAUUUGAAAAGUUUUUAACACCACGUGUUGUACAGUGUAUACAUUUUGAAUUUUUAAGCUCAGGGUUUUUCGAAAUACCACGACAAGUGUCCUAUAUUUUGAUUUGAUAUAAUUGAUAAAACUGUUCCUCAUGAAUUUGUAUUACCAAAAAUUUUACUUUUACUUUUGUUUUAAAUUUACGUUAAUUUAAAUUUAAUUUGCGUAAUUUUAAGACUCCUAGAUGAGGGUUUACAGAACAUUUGUUUUGUUAUGCUUUGUACAUGUGACUCGAUGAUUCCUUAAUAAACGUCUAGGUCUUUUAAAUAUUUUAUUGUACGUAGUAUUAAGAUAUGAAGAUCAAAUUCUCGGAACAGAACUUAAAGUCGUUCUGUAAUUUAUAUCUUUUGAAUGUGAUAAAAUAUAGGUAAAUAUAAAUGUAAAUAUGGUUAGUUUGUGUUUAUUUAGUUUUUUUUAUAUAUAAUAAUAUAUUAUUGAACCGUAUUAUUUUGUUUAAUAAAUACACAUUUAACGUGUGGACGUAUGGUGCCAUUCUUUUAUAUGAACUGAAAUUGUGGUACAUGUCUAGAAUUUAGAACCACUUUUAGUCUUGCCCAGUCCACACGAAUUUGAAAAAAAAAGAAGUGAUUUAAAGAAAAGAAAAUUAAUUUGCACAUUUGAAUAAUGUCGAGACGCAUUCAUAUUUUUUUUUCUCCUAGUUUUGUUGAUAGUUUGAUUUAUUGACUUGCCAGAAGCUUGAUUACCUUAAAGUGAAAACAUUUCUGUUACGUACCUUUUGACUUAUUUUUUGUGAUAAGUAAGAUGAAUAUUUUUUUUAGUUGAUUUUCAUUUGUUUUAGUCGUGUCAUAAAUUGACUGCCAAUCCAUAGAUCAUGUUUAAGUAGAGUUUAGUAUUGUGUAUAUAAUUCUAUACGUGUGUGUGUACAUAAAUAUAUACACAAGCUAUAAUAUAAAAAGUUUCUAGUUUUAAUAUAUAUAAAUAUAUAUAUAUAAAAUUUUUAUACAUACAUAUAUAGUUUUUUCAGAACCGUUGAAAUAUUUUCAUAGCUUUAGUUGGUUUAGUCAGUCGGUGCAUAUCCUUGGAUGUGUUGUAAAUAUAAGGUCGGUCGAAACUUCAACGGAUUGUUAAGGUUUCGACAGCCUGCGUCGCAUAUGUAAUAUAAAUAUAUAUUUUAAUAAAUAUUGCUCUAUUCAAUAUCGCUUACCAAAGAAAAUGGGAGUAGGCCUUGGUUUGUACUUUACUGUGCUCUGUUGAAAAAUUGUAAUUUUGUACGCCUUCGACGAUCCUCCAGAUCGCAGAACGCAACAAAAUAUUUAUCGAGACCAGCUUCUUUAAUUUUACAAACUGAACGUUAAAUCGACGAUUGUCGGGAAUAAAACUCAACAUUAGUUUUUAAAAUAGUUUCGUAAAUAAAUAUUUCUCUCUUUGUGCUGUCGUAAUUUGAUGUCGAGCACUACAAAUUCCGUUCUUUAAAAAUUUAUUCAAUUUUUCUAGAGAUUUUUGAAAAUUGGGAUUCACCAUAUCUCACUAUUUGUAAAAUAGCCUUUCUUACAUUUGUUGUAAAAUCGUUGAAGGUAUGUAACUAUUAUUAGUGAGAAAAAAAAUAUAUAAAACGGUAAAAAAAAAGAAAAACUUAAAAACCAGUGUAAAAUGCCCUCUGACAAUACAAUUGAGCGAGUCCUAGCAAGUCCACAAUGAUUCUAUUUUUGUAUGAAUGUUAUGUAGUUUUGUGUAAAAAAAAAAAGGAAAGGCCUUUUGUAUUUUUCCUAUAUGUAGAUUUAAGAUGCUGAGACCAUUUGUAUGUUACUUUGUUAUAAAACCUAUUACACCUUAAAGAAAGAAAAAAUCUGAAAAAAUGUAUUUCAUUACUUUAUUAUUAAAAUUGACAUUCAAAUUUG